AUGCAGGCUUUUCUAAAGAGAGGGCUCUCGUCGCUCUCUCUAUCCGCUUCUUCUUCUCGGUCGAAUCUUACUACAUCAACUGAUAACCAAAUCAAUGAUAUUCCGGCUGAGACAGACGAUGAUGAAGAAUCUAGUGCGGAGACACCGGUAACUUUUACCACUGCCAGCGAGGAUGUACUUUUCCCCAAAGUCCGUCCGGAAUUAGACGGAGAAGAAUGUGAUAGGGAUUGCGCAAGCUGUACGAUCCGAUAUCCCGCAAAAUUUGUUGUGGACUUGGAAGAUAAGCUAUACGGGAAUGUUGGAGGAUGGGCAACACACGUCCUUAUUGCGACGGGCAAGACAGACUGGGUUCGAGAUAUUGCCGAUGAAGAAGGCAGCGUUAUGGAAGCUGUUGAGAAGAGCGGCGUGAAGCCUGCGAAUGGGACACUUAAACUAUCAGCCUCUAACAUGCCGGUACCGGAUGAAUACCACAUGUACCCUGAUGGCGAGCAACCGACAACAGCCUUGAUAUUACCUGCAUUCACGAUAGUUGAGAAUGUCACACCCGCGCGUGCACCUGAUCUGAUCCACCAAUUCGUCAAUAAGUCUGCAACAACGACCACACCGCUAGACCAGCCGCCACUGCUCAGUAAACCUCCCACCGUAGAUGCAAACUUAGCCGAAAACACAGAAUCAGGGAACCGGGCCCCGGCUAUAGAUGGCAGCAAUACCGAGAGAGAUGAUGAGGUGGCCAAUGCUACUGAGAUUCCCACGCCACUUCGCUCCCGUCCUUGUCCACAUGCGGCAGUGAUACUGCUCUGUUCACAGCGUACCCGCGAUGCACGAUGUGGGCAAUCUGCUCCCCUGUUACGACGUGAGUUUGAACGCCACCUACGUCCGUUGGGCUUGUACCGAGAUCUUCAUGAUGAAAGGCCUGGCGGGGUAGGCAUAUACUUCAUCUCACAUGUGGGAGGACACAAAUAUUCCGCCAACGUGAUGGUCUAUCGGAGGAGAGAUUUCGAGUGGUAUAAAAAAGAGGCGCAGAAGGAAAACGAAGGAGAAGAUGGCAAUCGCGGAGAUGGGGUUGAUGGUGAGAGUGAGGGUGCCGUUCAGGGGAUAUGGCUUGCCAGAAUCCGUCCAGAAGACUGUGAAGGUAUCGUCAAAUACACCGUACUUAAGGGCAAGGUUGUUAAGCCCGAUACACAGCUGAGGGGAGGUUUUGAUCGAGAAAGGGGAUUAAUCAGCUGGUGA